ACUGUAAAAAUGUGUUAAAAACCCGUUUGCAAAUCAGCUGAUGUCUUAUAAAUAAUGAGCUGUAGAAAUGUUGCUGAUCAAAAUACGUCAAAAAAGUUCAGAGGAGACGUCAUCAUUAAGCGACACGUGUGUUUCUGCUGUCCUAGCGAGCUAACAGGCGGAGCUGAGCUGUCACAGUCGAUUUUUAGCCCUGAUGACGGCCUCCACUCGCAAGACAGUGUUGUCGCUGUACAUGCGGGUGUUUCGCAUCGCCCGAACCUGGCAAGCGCAGAGCGGAGUUGCAAAUGACACAGACACUGAGAGAAAAUACAUUCUUCAGGAGGCCCGCUCUCUGUUCAGACAGAACCAGCAGAUGACAGAUCAAGAAUCAAUAAAGAAGUGCAUAGAAGAAUGUGAAGCAAGGAUAGAAAUAGGUCUACACUACAGGAACCCAUACCCACGGCCUACCUACCUACCACCACUGGGACUGGCAACUCAGAAAGGCAGGAAGCUGCGAGCACAGCAGCGCCUGAGGAAGCAGGCCAAGCCAAUUUACUUACAGUCACAUGACGAGACCUGAUGCUCGAUAUCCUUGAUCCUCGCCAAGAGUUCAAGUUACCAGGGACAGGAAACUAGAGUGCAGUCACAAGCUGAUCUCAUGGGCUGAGUUAUUGUAAGUGCUCCAUGUUGCAAGAUCGCCCGUCAUUCAGGAAAAAGCCAGUUCUCAUCAUCUUUUUUUUACUCUAAACUGCGUAAACAUGAGUUUUUAUUCCAGCUGAAGAGCGUCAGCUUCUCUUGCAGCUCAGGAAUGCUGUCAGCAUGUUGUGUCCUGUAAUGAGAUCAAGUUGUAUUAUUUGUAGAUUUUAUUUAUUAUUCUGUGUAAAAUUGUUGUAAUAAACACUUAUUUUUUCAGUAUGAACACAA